UUUUUUCACAAAACUUGUUUUUUAUAUUCCAUUUUUUAUAAAAUAUAAUUUUUUAUAAUUCAUUUUACUAAAGAAAUUCAGUUGGAAGAUUGAAAUUUAUUAGACAAAAUGGGUAAAUGUGGCAAGGGUACAGGAUCAUUCGGUCUUUGUAACAGUAAAACCCACACUCUCUGUCUGAGAUGUGGAAAUCGCUCCUUUCAUGACACAAAAAAAAGAUGUGCCUCAUGUGGAUAUCCUGAUGCUAAGACCCGUCAUUAUAAUUGGUCAUUUAAGGCCAGAAGAAGGAAGACCACAGGAACUGGAAGGAAAAGGUAUUUGAAAACAUUGCCUAGACGCUUUAAAAAUGGGUUCCGUGAAGGAACUAAGCCACCCUCCAAAAAGUAAUCUUUUCCUUAUCAGUA